AUGUCUGCGUGUGAGCAUGCGUGUGCACGCACGCCAGUGUGCCUGAAUCUCUGUGCGUGUCUCUUCAUGUGUGCGUUUUUGUGUGUGUGCGUGAGCAUGCACGACUGCGUGCCUGUCUGUGUGUGCAUCUCAUUGCGUGUGUGCAUGCGUGAUGUGAGUGCACAUCUGUGUGGUACGUCUCAUUGUGUGUGCGUGCGUGUCUGUGCGUGCACGCAUGGGUGUCUGGGUCCGUGUACAUGUGCCUGCGCGUGCGUCUCAUUGUGUGUGCACAUGCGUGUGUGUCUCUGCACGUGUGUGCCUGUGUGUAUGUGCAUGAGCGUGCGCGUCGAAUGUCCGCGUCGGCAU